CGUGCGCACCUUGCUAGCUCUUCCCUCAGCCGCGGCGGUUAGGUCGGGGGCUCGGAGGAACUCAAGACCCCAAAACAAGACUAGUUGAAAAAGCUAUUCCUGUCUGGCGAGGAGGUGUCGGGAUUUUUUUCUUGUCGAGUUUGCAGAAACUAGUUUUAAGACAAUGUAAUUAGCGAUCUGAAUCCAAGCAAGCUGUUAGCAAGCUAGCUAGGCGGCUAACACUUUUGAACUUGCCACAGAACUUCAGCCACGGUAGUUGCUAAGAUAGCAGCUACGAGCUAAUUUAGCUACGUUAGCUAUUAGCUCACCAACGCUCCCCGGUUUGGCGUCUGCAGUUUCACCGGGCCUGGGGAAAGAUGGUUUCGUGGAUUAUAUCGAGGACAGUCGUGGAAAAACGGGACCAACCUUAUGAGCUGAACCAGAUGUCGGAACAGAGGGACUUUUGGAUCUGUAGCGCCUCUUCAUCACGAGCCCCCAGCAUCUGGCUGGCGGCAGCUGCAGCCUGGGGGUGCCGUCGACCCUGAGUGGGCGUACCAUGUCGGUGUUCCUUAGCAGGAAGCUCAGAGUUUACCUAAACCAGAAUGCCAAGGCCCAUCUGAGGGUUUUAUUUUUUCAGCUGCACACCGCCGGCCCGGGGCCCCGCUUCUCAGGCGUUGCUAAGAGAGCGCUCUGCACAGACUUUCUUCCUCCGGGCCUCCAGCUCGAGGAAGCAGGGCUCCUCUCAGUUGAAGUGUCUGGUGAUGGUUGGUGUUUGGCAACCUCUACCCAGCGUACUACUCCUACAAAGCAGUGAAAACAAAAAACGUCAAAGAAUAUGUCCGCUGGAUGAUGUACUGGAUCGUGUUUUCACUCUACACAGUAGUGGAGACCAUCUCGGACCUCACCAUAGCCUGGUUCCCCCUUUAUUAUGAAAUAAAGAUCGCCUUUGUGAUCUGGCUCCUGUCGCCCUACACUAGAGGAGCUAGUCUUAUCUACAGAAAGAUCCUCCAUCCUCUUCUGACUUCAAAAGAAAGGGAAAUUGAUGACUACAUCAUUCAGGCGAAGGAGCGCAGCUACGAGACCAUGCUGCACUUUGGCAAGCAGGGCCUAAGUAUAGCAGCUACGGCAGCUGUCUCUGCAGCCGUCAAGGGCCAGGGCGCCAUAACGGAGAAGCUGCGGAGCUUCAGCAUGGCCGACCUGUCCCAGAUCCCGCAGGAUGAUGCCAGCGCUGCACUGUUCCCAGCCUACUCUGGCGCCAACCCGGCCCGCAGGGCUGCGGGAGCCUCCCAGCCCGACGGAGCCGAGUAUUACCAGUAUGAAAACGAAGAGCGGACUGAUGAGGAUGGAGAGGCUUUCUUCUCUGAGGACGAAGCCAUGACUCAGCGUGGCGUCAGACGAUCUCAGAGCGUCAAACACACACGCUCCAAACUCCGCAAAGAUGCUCGUUACGGAUCUCUGAAGAUCAGAGGGAGGCGGAGGGCAGCAGUGACGACAGCGAUGUACACCAGCACCAACACUGACCAGUGACUACUGUCCCCAGGGAGCCCGAUCCAGCAGGGCCUAGCGGUGCGCACUUGCUCCCUGUAAUGCCUGUGGGUUCCAGUUUUAUUUGUUUUUCAAAAAAAUCCACUUUUUAACCAACACGUUUAUUUAUUUCUGAACUCCAACUUUUAACCAAACACAAGUGUGCACAUCUGCAGUAGUAUCAUGUGCAAAAAUGCAGUGUGAAAAUUUGAGGAGCUUUUUUGUUUACUCUUAGGUUUUGGGGUUUUUGUAGCCUGGUGUUGCUCUUUCUGAAUUUGACAUUCAGAUUUGAUAUGUUGUAUUAUUUUUUUAGAAGUAUUUUUAUAGUAAUUAUGGUCUAAAGUGCUGAAAACUAGUAGUGUAUUCCCUUGGAUGUGGGUUUUGUACUCUCUGCUUGUACUUGUGCUGCCUUAUGUAAUUUAAAAUAGAUUUUUCUGAUUGCUAAAUCACUGUUGUAUUGACACACUUGAAUCCAAUCAAACCAAGUUUCCCUUAUCAUUUAAAUGGAAGAAAGAAACCCAAGCAGAGUGAAAUUCUGUUGAACGUUAGCGACCUUUAAAAUUUGUUGCAUCUUCCCAGGGGGAGAUAGAUAUACAUACAUAUACACACACACACAGAUACCAAAGUGUCGAAACCCACUCUGUCUGCUGGAUGUCCAACUGAAGUAUGAAGUGCCUGGCUGAAUGAUUCCUUCUAAAUUAAUGUGUUGGUAUGAUUGAAUAAACUUUUAGGUUUGUAAAUCAAA